AUGGGUCACAGCCAGGUUGAUAUUAAUAAAGUAAUUGGCUUAUGGAAUAAGCCUAAAAAGAUACUACCGUCAUCAACAUCAUUAUCAUCACCGUUGGUUGUCUCGAAAAAAAAACGAAAAGCUGAAGAUAUAGUGGAAUCUUCGCCAAAGAAGAGACAAUGCACAAUCACAAAUACAAAUUUCUUUUUUCCUGGAGUAAAUGUACCUUUGCGAGCAGACGAAUCUUUAGAUAUUCUCGAGAUGCUAAAGUUGGCCGUGUGUACUUUUGAUCAGAAUGCAAUUACACUUGGCUCGACUCGUUCUUAUAAAAGUUCGAAUUAUUUGCGAGUUGAAACUAAGUGCAAUGAAAAAGUCCAAAAGAGAGUCUGUGAAGAUGGAGACUGGCACCAUCUUUAUUCCGAUCUGACAAUAAAAAAGAGUGCUGACCUCAACCCUGUAGCUUUAUUAGAACUUAUAGCAACAGGAUUUAUUCUGAAGUUAAAGAACCAUUUUGAACAAAUUUUUAAAUAUGCCGAUCAACUUUAUCCUCAGGAAAUUUGGGUUAUACAUUUUUCUCGGAAGGAUUCUAUUGUGUUGGAUCCAUAUUGGCCUUCUGAUGAGCUGCAGGAAAGAGGAUUAAAUGUUGUGCAUUGUUGGAACGAUAAAGAAUUUAAGAAUGUUCGUAGGAGUUCCUGA